CAAAUGAUUCUCAAUAAGGUAACAAAUAAAAUCUAUACCAUACAUAGCAUUAAUCAAAUAAAAUAAAAUGACAAAACACUUUGCAAUAAUCGCCAUUGUUCUUGUUGUUGCUUUUUGCUUCUCAUCAGUAUUGGCUGAUGAUAAGUCUAAAGAACCCACCUUUACCGUCGAAGGAAAGAUCUAUUGCGAUCCUUGCCGCGUCGAAUUUGAGACCAGACUCAGCCACCCCUUGUCAGACAUAAAGGUGACAUUGGAAUGCAAGAAGAUUGGUGAUGAGAAGAACAUAACAUAUACGGCGGAAACCCAAACAGACAAAAAUGGAUUCUACACGCUGCCGGUGAUGGGAGACCACCAGGAGGAGAUCUGCACGGUGCAGACGGAGAGAAGCAGUCAUCCGAAGUGCAAGGAGCCAAUGAAGAAGAUGGACGCAGACAGAGUGGUGCUCACCAAGAAUGAUGGCGUCAGCUCCUCAAGGCGCUUUGUGAACCCUCUUGGGUUCAUGACCCGCAACAUUGAUGCUAGGUGUGUUAGCGUUGCCAAAGAGUUGGGUAUGUGGGUGGGCGCGGAAGACCAACACGAUGAAGCUUAGAUUAUAUGUUAUGUCUUCUCCCCAAUGAAUGAAUUAUAUAUUAUUAUUCAUUCACAAGAGAGCCACCUACCUCAUUAUUUCAUUUUAUUAUUCUGUAGUCAAUUAAAAUUUUGAUUUAAUUUAAUUGACUUAUUUAU